AUGGCGACCAAGCCGGUAAAGUCACUCGAGUCGGAGGAGCAGCGCCUGCAUCGCAUCCGCAUCACCUUGAGCAGCCGCGAUGUCAAGGCCCUGGAGAAAGUCUGCACCGACCUGGUCACCGGUGCCAAAGCAAAGGAGUUGAAAGUGGCUGGACCGGUCCGCCUGCCCACGAAGAUUCUUCGGCUGAUGGUCCGCAAGUCGCCGUGCGGUGAAGGCACCAACACGUUCGAUCGCUGGGAGAUGCGGAUCCACAAGCGCCUCAUUGACCUGCACUCCCCUUCCGACGUGGUGAAGCAGAUUACCUCCAUCUCGAUCGAGCCCGGUGUGGAAGUUGAGGUGACCAUCGCAGACCUGUGA